GUUGCUAAGGGAAACCUCUAGCGGCAAGAUGGCGUUCGCCAGUGAGGGACGCGCGACCUCCUGCAUGCCGCGCCGGGAGCUUUCAGGGAGGCCACCGCGGGACGGUUAUGGGAUCUACGUUUAUCCGAAUUCUUUCUUUCGAUAUGAAGGAGAAUGGAGAGGAGGCAAGAAACACGGUCGGGGGAAGCUGCUGUUUAAAGAUGGGAGUUACUAUGAAGGUGACUUUGUGGAUGGAGAGAUCACAGGAGAGGGCUGUCGGCACUGGACACUGACAGGGAACACCUACACUGGACAGUUUGUUCUCGGAGAGCCCCAGGGACACGGCAUCAUGAAGUACCAAGCCGGUGGACAUUACGAAGGGGAGCUCUUCCGCGGCCUGAGAGAAGGACACGGGUGUCUGGUGGAUGCAGAUGGACAAGUGUACUGGGGGUCGUUUCACGACAACAAGCGGCACGGCCAAGGGCGGAUGGUCUUCCGGAAUGGAGACGAGUACGAGGGCAACUGGGUCCAAGACCAGCGCCAGGGCCAUGGGAUGCUACGGCUCGCAGAUGGCUCCACCUAUGAGGGACAGUGGCACAGUGGCGUGUUCAGUGGACAGGGCAGCAUGGCCCACUGCUCCGGGGUCAUCUACCGAGGGAUGUGGAUCAACGGUCACCCCAUGGCACAAGCCACGAGGAUUGCAAUUUUGGGUCCAGAGGUGAUGGACAUAGUCCAAGGGUCUUCCCUCACAUUGACCAUUCAGCUGCAGCAGGACAAUGGGGAAGUGGCCACAAGUGAGGAUGGCCGGGAGUUGGAGAUCUCCGCGGGUGUCCGGUACGUGCAGCUCCCAGCCUACUCGGAGGUCAGCUUUUUCAGAGUGGACGACGGCCUCAGGCAGACGCCCAUCCAGACCCCUUUUGGAUUCCAGUGCAUCUCCUACCCUCUGUCCAGCCCCGAGUCCGAGGGCCCGGAGCCCAGAGCUGCCCUGGAAAGUGCCAGUGCCCACUCAGCGCUCCCUGAGGGGGACCCCAGUGGCCUGCCUGCCAGGAAACACGAGCCCAGCUGUCCCGGGAGCCGUCGGCGAGCAGAGCGAGGCUGCGUCCAGUUCUCCGACGUCCGCCUUGGGCCCCCACCACCAGGGUACCACGCCAUCCUGUUUCAGGAGGGCCUCCACGAGGUGGGCAGCAGGCCCAGAGGCCAGGACCACAGGGGAACAACGCCCAUAGCGCAAGGCCCGCCAGGAGGAAGCAGGCUUGAUGGGGCGGCCAAGGCGGAGCCGGCAGCAGAGGCCUUCCCAGGCGAGUAUGUCAUCAUGAUUCGCGAUGUGACCACCCCUCCAUUCCUGGGCCACACGCUGUCCAUGGCCUUCAAACACCUUCGGGUCUUGGCAAGGGGGGCAGGCCAACAGCCCCAUGUCCCCAGUGAAGACCUGGAAGCCCUGAGCUGGAGGGGUGCCCAAGACUCCCGCCACUGGUUGAGCCUUUAAUAAAAGGCUCAACAACCACUUCUGAGUGCUAACCAGAGGGCGCGGCCCCUGCCUGAACACCCAGAACCAGGCCGGCUCAUCUGGGACUCCCAAGGCUGGGCGGGUGUGACCAGUGCCCUUCUCCACUGUCUCGGCUUCACUAUCCAUGCUUUCCCCGGGGGGAGCCCGGGCCAGCCAGCGCCUGCUUCCCACCAUCCCUGCCCUGGAGGGCGGCUCAGGGGCCUUCCCAAAGCUGGGGGCCACGACCGCUCCCAAAUGGGAGAUCAAGAGGCCACGGGCUGGUGACUGGGUCACACACUGAACUGAGAGGCCUUGUCUGCAGGAACCACUUUUCAGAUGUUACAGCAGCCUCUGAAAUGCACCCCGGGGAUAAGCCAGGCCUGGGGGUUGGGGACAGAGGGCCUCCGAAAUGCACCCCCGGCGGAUAAGCCAGGCCUCAGGUCAGGGAUAGAGGCCUAGCACACCGGGAAGCCUGGGAGCAGCCAACCCCCUACUUGGGGCUGACCACACCCCAGCCUCAGACCCAAGGCCUCCAUCUCCCUGCAUCCAGAAAGGAUGAGCUCACCCCCAUCCUCUCACCUGACCAUCUGCUUCCUUCACUGAAUGGGGGAAGGGACACCCAGAGCCCUCUGGUCCUGGCCGGCAGUCACCUCCAGGCCAGGGUGGACUGGCCACUGAAGCUCCAGCUGCCGUCUCCCAUCUUAAAGGCCUUCCUGCCCAUCACCCUCCAUCCAGCACCCACUGCCCUCCCACAUGUAUGGUCGACGCCCUCCUUCUCCCCCAUGAGCGCUCUACCCGACCUGUGAGUACUCCCAGCAGGGCCCCUGGCUCCUCUCUACCCAGCAGGCCCCAUGGGGCUCCAGAUAUUACUCUCGGCCCUGG